AUGGGCAUCUUCAACGCUUCCUCACCCAAGGCCGAGGCAUUGCAGCUUCUCGACCCCGUGUCGCCGCCAUACGAGGCUGUCCGAGGAUACGUGCGCGACGAGCAAACUACCCUCGAGAUCAGUAAGAAGAUCAUGACAAUGAAAGAGGAAACGUCGGUGAUUACCGAUGGCGACGGGGUGCCAGUGGUCAUGGUCCGAGGACCCGCUUUCUGGAUCAACCACUUCAAGACGGUUUACGAUCCGUCGGGGACGGUUCCGCUGUUCAAGAUGCGCAAUAAGAAAGCGAGCCUCCAACGUCUCUUCAUCUGCGAGGAUGAACGGGGUACCGAGCUGUUUCGGAUCCAGCGCAAAUGGAAGUUGUUGAACAUCAAGUUGCACGCGACCAUCCCCAGCACAGUUGGCGACACCCCGACCCUCGAGCUGAUGGGGAACAAGCGCGGCUUCUCAGCCGAGAUCCGCGACGUGCAUUCUGGCGCGCUCGUCGCAACUGUCGCGCACAGUUAUUGGAGGAAGGACAUGGUGCUCAAGAACAAGGAGGCGUAUUUUGCCAACGUCGCGGCAGGCGUCGACCUGGCCGUCAUUGUUGCGCUGUGCCUCACGUGGGACCGGUGUAAGGAGGACGACAGGGCAGCCAGCUCGGGCGGCGGCGGUGACUAG